CUUCUUCCCAUUCCCAUUGCCAUCACUCACUCACUAACUCGCUCUACUGUGUCAACCCAAAAUCGACACUCUCUUCCACUCUCUCUCUACAGCUUCCAUAAGAGAGAGAGAGAGAGACAGAUCCCAGAAGAAACACUCCAUUUCGUAAUGGGGGAGGCACCCACCUGGGCCACCCGCCGUCUGAGCAACCCGAAUCCGACGUCGUCCGAUCACAUCCUCGACUUUCAAACCGCUGGUCCUCCUGCCGUCCGAUCCCCUGCCAUUUCAACGGCCCUGAUCGUCCUCUCUUGGUACCUCUCCAACAUCGGCGUCCUUCUCCUCAACAAGUACCUCCUCAGCUUUUAUGGCUUCCGUUUCCCCAUCUUCCUCACCAUGCUCCACAUGCUCUCCUGUUCCUUCUACAGCUAUCUCUCCAUCCUCUUCCUCAAAAUCGUACCCGCCCAACAGAUCCAAUCGCGAAGGCAAUUCCUUAAAAUCCUCGCACUCAGCGCCAUUUUCUGUUUCUCUGUCGUCUGUGGCAACACCUCCCUUCGCUACCUCCCGGUCUCCUUCAACCAAGCGAUUGGCGCAACCACGCCCUUUUUCACAGCCAUUUUCGCGUUUUUGAUCACUUGUAAGAGGGAGCCGGCGGGGGUUUAUUUUGCGCUUUUGCCUGUCGUGUUUGGGAUCGUUUUGGCGAGUAAUAGCGAGCCCCUGUUUCACUUUUUUGGGUUUUUGGUCUGUGUGGGUUCGACGGCGGGUCGGGCUCUCAAAUCGGUGGUGCAGGGGAUUUUGUUGACUGCAGAAGGGGAGAAGCUUCACUCCAUGAAUCUACUGCGGUUUAUGGCGCCGAUGGCGGCGGGGAUUCUGCUUCCAGUUACGCUUUACGUGGAAGGGAAUGUAGCGGCAAUCACGGCGGAGAAGGCUCGGGAAGAUCCUUGGAUCUUGUUUCUGUUGGUUGGGAACGCAACGGUGGCGUAUUUGGUGAACUUGACCAAUUUUCUGGUGACGAAACAUACAAGUGCUUUGACAUUGCAGGUGCUGGGAAAUGCGAAGGCCGCCGUGGCAGCGGUCGUGUCGAUUCUGAUAUUCAGGAAUCCGGUGACGGUUAUGGGAAUGGCCGGAUUUUCUGUGACGGUGAUGGGCGUGGUGAUUUACGGCGAGGCGAAGAAGAGAUCCAAGAUCACGACGCAUUAAGGGGAAGAUUUAUUUUUCUUUUUUAAUUUAUAAAGUUAAAAAUUAAUUGCUUUGAUUCAUUAUAUAAUUACAUCAUGUUUUUGGCUUUGGGUUUGUAAUUUGAUCGGAGAAAAAGGGAUUAUCUAUAGAAUUAAAAUGGAAUUGUAUAAAGUGAUUAAUAGAUAUGAAGGAUUUUCCAGAGAAUUAGUUGAAUUUGUCUGGGAAAGAA